AUGGCUACACACGAUCAAGCGAGUCUUCUCGCCAAUACUACACCUCAGAAAGAUAGCACAGCACCUCCGUCUGUAAAGCGUUUAAGAUUCGAACUCUUACCAGAAGAUGUUAGAACAACGUUUAUUGAAGCACUAAAAUCUGAUCUUAUGGUACAACGUGCCGUGGCUGAUAUUGUUCAAACUAAUCCCGAUUCGAAAGAAAUGAAAUUUCUCCUCUAUAUAGAACCGAAUGUGACAAAUGCAACGAAGACCAUUCACUUUGUUCCUCAAAUUUUUGUUACAAUUUCUAACACCUUGACCAAAGCUCGUACACAGAAAGCUAAACAAUUUUCCGCACUUCAUAACGAACUAUAG